AUGAGCUCUCAACCACCAUAUGAAUAUCCGGAAGGAUCGGAAGUCAACGGACAUCAACUCCGAGGGGGGGUUUGGUAUCCACUCGUAGCCACGAGUCCAUCUCGGGAUAUGGCUUCGGAAGGCAGUAUCCCUGCUGUGGCUUCUCCUACACCUUCUACACAAUGGAGAGCUCAAACGCCCUCAACUUACCGAAACGGUGCAACACCUUACCAAAAUGGCCGCUCUGGGGCCUCUCAAGUUACAACCCCUGCUAGGUCCGUAGCUGCCACCACUGCAUACAGUCGCGGCCAUUCUCGAUCUUCUACGGAAAGUACUCGUACGGGGGUCUUCGAGCGGAACAUCGUUUGGGAUGCCGAACGGACCGAAGAAGGUAAUUUUCGGUUGGAUAUCGACUUCGAGGCUGAACAUCUUGGUCGGCAAAAUUCGUCAAUGCUCUCCGUGUUCCCAAAUGAUCCUGAUGAUGCUGUCAGUUUCGAAUCGUGGAUGCAACAGACCAGGACCCUAGGAGGUUUCAGUCGUGCCGCAGACAGAAUGACUAUUGACGCUGCGAUCGCAACCCAACUUCGACCGGCUGCUAAUUUUGUCAACAACGUCAGCACCGCGAUCGACCAGGUCUUGCUAGACUUCUGGAGAGAAUACCGCACUCGACCAUGA